AUAAAUGAGUCUGUAAUAUGCAUCAACUUCAAUGAAAUAAUUUUGAUGAAUUGAAUAAUCAGUUUAAUAGAAUGAAUCAUUUCUAUCUUAUUGGAAAUAUUGAAUUGUAUAAGUUCCAUUGUGUUCUUUGAGUUGUGUUGUUUCGAAUCAAAUCUCAUAAUGAUAAUGUAUUCAAUGGAUAAAUUUUAAUCCAUACAAAUGAUGAUAAGAAAUAUACAUCCAAUAUUCAAUUAAUUAAUUGAUUCUCUUCGAAUCAUAGAAGACAAUCAUCCAAUUACCAUGAUCAUUCAUCAUUAUGAUUAUGUAAUCCAACUACCAUUGAUUACAUUAUCAUUAUCUAAACUAUAUUUUUAUAUCAACUUUCUAUUCUACUUUCUAUUAUGUUUAUCUAUUCAUGAGAAUACAAUACAAAAUAUUAAUGAAUUAACAUUUACAAUAAAAGAAGAAUUACCCAUAGGUACAAUUAUUGCAUCAAAUAUACAAUUAGGCAAUUUAUUUUUACAUUUUAAUCACUAUGGUAACAUUGAAAAUAUGACAAAUAUUAUUAAAAUAUUAAAUCUGAAAGAUCCAGGUAUUAAUUGUUUUCAUUUUCAAUCGUUACCAUUAAAAUCAUUCAAUAAUUCUAAUAGAAAUCAAUUACAAUUGAUUAUUACAAAUCGAAUUGAUCGUGAAAUCAUAUGUCCAAUUAAAACUCAUGAAUUACGUAAUAAUAAUAAUAAUAAUAUGAAUGAUCCUAAUCAUCUUGAUCUGGAUCAUAUCAAUGAUCUACAAUCUAUCAAUUCUGAUUGUAUUAUUACAUUAAGAAUAGCAUUAUUUAUAAAUAAUUUACAAAAAAUUUAUCAAAUUCAUAUUUAUAUAGAAGAUAUUAAUGAUAAUCCACCAAAAUGGAAUAUGAAUAAUCUAACAAUUUAUUUUCAUGAUGAAGAUCCACCAGGGACAAAACAAUCUAUAUUAUUAGCUUAUGAUAUAGAUAUUGAUAUUAAUGCUAAAAUUACAUAUCAAUUAUUAAAUAAUGAUAUAUAUUUUGAUCAAUUCAAUCAUAGAAAUUAUAAUCCUAAUGAUAAUCAUAAUUUGAAUUUGCGCGGUACCGAUAUAUUUGAAUUAGUUCAAGAAACAUUGAAUCAUGAACGUUUAUAUUUAAGAACACGAUAUACAUUAGAUCGUGAAUUGAGACCUCAUGGUUGGAAUUUAUUAUUAUUAGCUAUUAAUAAUGAUAGUUUAAUACAAUUAAGUAGUCAAUUAUUAUUAUAUAUUCAUUUAAUUGAUAUUAAUGAUAAUAGUCCUAUAUUUACACAAACAUUAUAUAAACCACAAUUACCAAAUCAAAAAAUUGGUAUUAUCCCUGAAAAUUAUCCAAUCAAUAAAACAAUAUUAAAAGUAUCAGCUACAGAUAUAGAUGAAGGUGAAAAUGCUCAAUUAACUUAUCAUUUAGCCAUAGAUACUACUAAUCAAUUAUUAUGUCAUUUUUUUAAUUUAACACAAAAUGGUGAAUUAUAUCUUAUUCAAUCAUUAAAUGUAGAUAGAAUAACACAAAUUAAUUCAAGUCGUUUAUAUUUACCAAUAACAAUGAUUAAUUUAGAUGUGAUUGUUAUAGAUGGUGCUAUGAUACCAUAUACAAAAACUGGAUCAACUACUAUUCAAUUACAAAUAGAGAAUAUUGAUGAUGAACCACCUGAGAUCUAUAUACAUCCUAUUCAAUCUCUACAACAACAACAACAACAACACCAUGACCAACAACAACAACAACAACAAGAUGAUCAUUCCAUAUUACAUAAUCAACACUUCUAUGAAACAGAGAUUGGUGUUUAUGAAAAUCAAACUAUUGGACAAUUAAUUGCUUUAAUUGAAGUAAAAGAUCCUGAUGAUUUAUUGAAUCCAACUACGAUUCAAUGUAGAUUAAUUGGUUCUAAUUCGAAUGAUUUUUAUUUAUCUUAUCAUAAUUCAAUCAAUAAUGAAUAUCAAUUAUAUACUAAUACAAUAUUAGAUCGUGAAAUACAAUCUAAAUUAUUAUUAUCCAUUGAAUGUAAAGAUUUAGCUAAUCAUAUUACAUUACAUAAUUUGAUAAUACAUAUAUUAGAUAUAAAUGAUCAUCAACCACAAUGUAUGGAAUCUCAUUAUUAUUAUUCAUUAUAUGAAGAUGAUAAUGAACAACAAGAUCAAGAUAAUGAUGAUGAUCUUGAUCCAGAUCCUGAUCCUGAUCAUGGUGUAAAUUAUCGAUUGGAUAAAACAAUGAAAAAUCGUACAUGGUUAACAUCAAAUGGUUUAGCUUAUAUUUUAGCAACUGAUAAUGAUAUUGGUAUAAAUAGUCAAUUAAUUUAUGAAUUAUCUAAUGAAUCUAUUGAAAAAAUCAAUUAUAAAUUUACAAUUCAUUCUAAUACUGGACAAUUAUUUGCAUGGGGACCAUUUGAUCGUGAAUCUAUAUCGAUUUAUGAAUUAAUCAUUAUAGUGAAAGAUAAUGGUAACCCUAUACAAUUAAGUACAAAUUGCUUAGUAACUAUCAAUAUAUUAGAUAUUAAUGAUAAUAUACCAAUAUUUCAUCCACAAUUAAAUAUUAUUGGAGGUUAUUUAUUUCAUAUUAAAGAGAAUCAAUUACCUGGUACAUAUAUUGGACAAAUUCAAGCCUAUGAUUUAGAUGAUUUACCAGCUUCCAUAGAUAUAACACAAUUAUUUCAUGCAUAUGAUCAAUCGAAUUCCUUAUUAGUAUUAUCAUCAUCCUCCUCAUCAUCGUCUAAUAUCCAUAAUGUUAAUAAUGAUGAAUUGAAAGGGAUUCUAAGUAGUAUGGAUAAAAAAUUAACAUAUUCAUUAAAAAAUGAAUAUCAUUCACAAAUGUUUCGUAUUGAUCCUAAAACUGGAGUUAUUAUUACACGCACUGCUGAGGAGUCCCAUUCUAGCACCGUUAUCCAUAAUAUAAAUAAUGAAUUGAAAGGUAUUCUAAGUAGUAUGGAUAAAAAAUUAACAUAUUCAUUAAAAAAUGAAUAUCAUUCACAAAUGUUUCGUAUUGAUCCUAAAACUGGAGUUAUUAUUACACGAACAAUACUAGAUCGUGAAAUUCAAGGAACAUAUACAUUCUAUGCAUAUGUACAUGAUGGUCCUGAUAAACCUAUUCAAAUAACAAAUACUACUGUUAAUAAAACUGAAAUUCAACGUACUAUUAAUAAUUAUCGUUCACAUACAGCUUCUAUCAUGAUUACAAUUACUAUACAAGAUGAAAAUGAUAAUGAUCCAGUAUUUAUUCGACCAAAUUCAACAAAUCAUAUGAUAUUAUUGAAUCCAACAGCUAUACCUGGACAAUCAUUAUCACAAUUAUUAGCAAUAGAUCCAGACGAAGGUUUAAAUGGACAAGUAUCAUAUGCAAUAAAAGGUGAAACAGCUGGAAUAUUAUUCAAUGUUGAUCCAAGAACUGGAUUAUUAUACUUAGAAAGUCAAAUACCAAGACAAUAUAUAACAAAUAAUAAACAAAAAACUACAAUAAAUAAUCAAGGAAAUGAUUUGAAUUAUCCAACAUUUUUAUUAGGAUUAGAUGCAUGUGAUCAUGGAGAACCAAGACGAUGUACACAUUUUCCAAAUCUUCAGAUACAGAUUCGCAGUUCAUCGAAUAUUAUUGAUGAAGAGAAAUCAAAUGAAUACAGACAAACUGAUUUAUCUAUGAAUCAACAAAUCGAUGAUAUUUUUAUGUCUCAAUCAAGUCAUGGAUCUCUAUCAUCAUCAUCGUCAUCAUCAUCAUCAAAUGGUUCUGGUACUUCAACUACUUAUCUUGGAAGAUAUUCACUUGGUGAAAUAUUAAUCAUUGGAUUAUCUAUAUUCUUUUCAAUAUUAAUUUUAAUUAUUCUAUUUACUAUUUGUAUUGUACGACGUAGAACUCAACGAAUAUUACAGAAUAGUGAACGAAUAAAUCCUGAACUGUUGAAAUUGAAUCAAGGAAAUGCUGGGUUCAAUGUUGAAUCGAAUGAAAAAAAUAAACGAACCAAACCUCGGGUUAAGGUUGGUAACUUCAUUGUAAUUUAAUAAAUAGAAAUAGAGGAUUUUUCUAUUUUGAAGCGAAGAAAAUCAACAUCUUGAUGAUAUACAUUUUCGAAAUGGUUGUGUUAAUUUUCUUCAGUUCUGCUUACAAGUUGAUAUUAGUAUCAGAAGGAGUUUUGUGGACAUUAUAGUAAAUUAAAUAGUUGAGAUCAUGAGUUAAUUAAAGCUAGACCAGUAUGGAAAACCUGUAAGCACUGGGCGGUCAUUUCAUCCUAUUGUGGGACUCCUC